GUGUGUGUUUUUUUUUUCAAAUUCUCCCUACUCUAUUCCUUUGCUGCACCUGCACCUCCCCUUCCCGUCCAUGUCACGCUUUCGUCGCUUCUUUUCUUCCAUCAUUUCUCCCCGUUUCGUCGAGCUUCUUUUCUGUCGCCUCCCCGUUUCGUCUAUCUGCGGCCGGCCGGCCGGCCUUUCUGCUGCAAGGAAACCAAGACUAUCCGUCGGAUCUUUCAAGAGGGAAAACCAAGAUUCCGAGAGCAAGAAGCAGGGCGAUCUUUGCUGAAUUCGUAGGCUCUGAAUUGGAGCUGGAAGUGUGGUGAUUUCCUGAUUGGGGACAUAAGGUGGGGUUUGUGCCUACUCCCCAGUGACCUCCACGCGGUCCCUGCUGUUCUUCCAGUCAAAAUUCUGUACCCUCCGGUGCUGGGAUCAAGGAACUAGGCGUCAGAGUUGGGUUGUCUUGAACUCUUGAUUCGCUUCAUGGAAAUUUUAUCUGCUUUUCUCUGAAUUCAAGGUCCUCCCUAUCGUUUCCAGGCUUCCCGAGGGCUGCAUAUAUAGUUUUUGUUUGUGAGGUUCUCAAAAGGACAAUUUCAUGUCUUGUAAUCGAAGAGACAUGUUAAGCCAUUUUGUUGAAUUUGGAUACUUUUGGUUUGAGGAUCCAGACCAUAAAUAACUUGUAUGAGCUCAUGGGAAGAUAAGCGGCAUACAUAUCCAUUGCAGGAAGAAGGAUAUUGUCCCUCUCCAAACUGUAAACAUGGGUUGGUUGAGUAAAAUAUUUAAAGGUCCAGUAAAUAGAGUUUCAAGAGGACACUACAACGGGAACUCCCAUGAAGGCUAUUCAACUCAGCACACUAAAUCAUAUGGUGCACAUGGAAAUGAGGAUGAAGACAUGGAUCAUGCUAUUGCCUUAUCCUUAUCAGAGGAAGAUCAAAGGAAGGGAAAGACCAUUGAUACCGGGCAUCAUUUAGAUGAAGAUGAACAGCUUGCACGGGCUCUGCAAGAAAAUACUGGUCAUGACCUAGAUGAAGAUGAACAGCUUGCACGGGCUCUGCAAGAAAGUAUGAAUGAUGGACCUCCUCGUCAGGACAUUCCAAUUGAAGAUGUUCACCCAGAAAGUGCUCCAGCAAGUAGCUUGCCCUCAAAUAUUUUCCCCUCAAGUGGCUUGAGGGUUUGUGCUGGAUGCAAAAGUCCAAUUGGUCGUGGUCGGUUUCUCAGUUGUAUGGACUCUGUCUGGCACCCCGAGUGCUUUAGGUGUUAUGCUUGCGAUAGACCAAUAUCAGAGUAUGAGUUUGCUGUUCAUGAAAACCAUGCGUACCACAGGCCUUGCUACAAGGAGUGUUUCCAUCCUAAAUGUGAUGUUUGCAGUAGCUUUAUUCCCACAAAUAAAAGUGGCCUCAUUGAAUACCGGGCCCAUCCUUUCUGGAUGCAGAAGUAUUGUCCUUCCCAUGAAAACGAUGGUACACCUAGGUGCUGCAGUUGUGAACGAAUGGAGCCAAAGGACAGUCAAUACAUAACAUUAGAUGAUGGCCGGAGACUCUGCUUGGAGUGUCUGCAUACUGCUAUUAUGGAGACCAAUGAAUGCCAGCCACUAUACAUUGAUAUUCAAGAAUUUUAUGAGGGUAUGAACAUGAAAGUAGAACAACAAGUUCCCUUGCUUUUGGUAGAGCGACAAGCUUUAAAUGAAGCCAUGGAAGCAGAGAAAUCUGUGCACCACCUUCCUGAAACCAGAGGCCUCUGCCUAUCUGAGGAGCAGAUUGUCAGAACUAUAUUAAAAAGGCCAAUAAUUGGACCAGGCAACAGAAUCAUAGAUAUGAUCACAGGACCAUACAAACUCGUUCGACGGUGUGAAGUGACUGCAAUUCUUAUACUGUACGGGCUGCCAAGGCUGUUAACUGGCUCGAUUUUGGCUCAUGAGAUGAUGCAUGCUUACCUCCGACUUAAAGGAUACCGAACCCUGAGUCCAGAGGUUGAAGAAGGCAUCUGUCAGGUUCUAGCUCAUCUUUGGCUUGAGUCAGAAAUCACAUCAGGUUCUGGUACCAUGGCAACCACCUCAGAUGCAUCGUCAUCAUCGUCUUCAACAUCUUCUUCAUCGAAAAAGGGUGCAAAGACGGAAUUUGAAAAAAGACUUGGCGAGUUCUUCAAGCACCAAAUUGAAACAGAUUCUUCUGUGGCUUAUGGAGAUGGGUUUCGAGCAGGCAUGCGAGCCGUUGAGCGUUACGGCUUGAGAAGCACUCUUGAUCAUAUCAAGAUGACGGGGUCUUUUCCAUACUGAAGCUGGGUUUUCCCCUCACUUUGAAUAUGGGUAUAGAUUUUUUGAGAACUUUUGGUUCAAGUUAUACAUACGGAAAGCUGAAAAGGGUAUAUAUUGUCUACAGUAAAGAGAAGUAUCGAGAAGAGGAAUAAGGAUUUUGCUAUACUGUCCAUUGCAGGAAAAGAUGUUUUUCCUUUACAAUUAUAUGAUUUUACAGUACACACAUGAAGGUAUGCGGUCUUUAGCUUGGCCAACCUUGUAGAAUGCUGUCACUUAAUGCAAAAGAAAUUCGAAUCUA